GCACCUCCAGAGGCAAACACCCCGGGAAGUCCACGGGUGACUCCCCUCGCGUGGGCGGCCGGGGAUAAGAGCAGGAUGAGUCGAAAGAAAGAGCAGCAGGAGGAAGGAGAUGCCACGGCGGAGGAUGGCCCCAGUUCCCGCAGCGCGACAUGGGAGCCCGAACCCCGCCACCUACUUCAGGAGAACCCCACUCAUCCUGAUGCUGUUGAUCGGAGGCGUCAAUGCCUACCACGCCUGGGCAUUAUUUGCACCUCAAACCAUCCCCUAUGACAAGCUGGGACCACUUGGCGCUUUAACAAAGUAUCUUUUGGAACAUUAUAACACCCAGUUGAGAAUAUGGUUUGUGACAGUCUGGAUACUUCAUGCUCUGUGGGCAUUUAUUGUUCUCAAGCUUUGCAAGGAGAAAGGCAUCACUGAUCACACAACCCAGGUUCGGUGGUUUGCUCAAACAGUUACAUUUGGAUUAAAUUCUUUGUUCUUCCUGUGGAUUUACAAACCACCAAUGAAAACAAAUGAAGGGUUCAAGCAAAAGACAACAUAAAAGCACAGUCUGGCAUUUUGGUCUUGUUCUCAACUUUAAUCAAUACAUCCAAAGCACAUCAUGUUCAUUCCUACCAGGAAUAAAAAACACUACCUUUUACAUGUCCUAUAUGGAUUUUGAAGCUGUGAGGGAAGUGAAGUUAUUUGUUUAUAAAAUAUCUUAUUGAAGUUCAUAACACAGAGGUGAGCUUUCAGUUGGCUCAGGGAAAUACAAUAUUAAAUGAUUGAGACCAAGCACUUCUACCUGCAAGUUGUGGUUCAGGGGUUAUUAAAGCCUACUCUGGAACUUAAAACGGUCCCUAUAGUCUGGCAGCAGGCAUAUUCUCCACUUCUCUGCUAGAGCAAAAGGCCUGGUCACAAGCUGUGCCACAUAGACUGAAAGUGUGGUGACAUAGUGAGAUUAUGCUCAGCCAUCUGGCCCUUAGCUAGACUUUAUAUCAACCCAAGAAGUAUUGUCCUCCAGAUGUUGAACUGCGAUGCUUAGGAUCUUCUAUUGUUAGCUAGGUCUGAUGGACUUAUAGCCCCACAACAUUCAGAAGAUCAGAGAUUGUCCACCUCGAAUUUAUUGGGGAGAUGCAAUCUGUGAAUUAUUUGUAGUUGGAAGUGACUUGAAGACAUAGGAAGGCAACAACAAAUGCCAGGCUUUCACUGGGCUAUCUUGAUCCAGACUGAAUUUCAAUUACUGUCUUCAUACACACUUUGUUUCUCAAAGCAGAGGGUGAAGAACAUUUUACUCUCAAGUUGGUGUUGAAUUACAGCUUCUGCUAUCCUUUAUAACUUGUAAUUAUAUAUGGACAUGUGUCC